GGAGAGGUGGGGAGGGGAAGGGGAAGGGGAAGAGGUGGGAUGUUCUGAUCAGGAUGGCGGCGUAAGGGUGGUCAUUUGGCCGUCAAAGGGGGGUUAGGGGCUUUGAUUUUUUUUUUUCUUUUAAUUUUUUUAUUUAAUUAUUUAAAAUAAUAAUAAGCCUAUAAAAAGCUGACACGUGGCAUAUAACUUAUAAAAACCGGUCACCAACACGUAAUAGAUCUUUAGAUGAAGAUGGGGUAUAAAGGUUGGAUUUUUGUAGAAUAAACUUAAGGUUGGAUUUUUAGGAGAAAAAAGUGCAAUGGUUGGAUUUUUAAUUUCCAUUUUUCCUAAAUAUUAAACUCCGCAUAUAUAUUUACUUUUACAUCCCGCGUUCUUAUGGUGAAAACCUUACACUUUGGGACAAAGGUCAGGGUUUCGAUACCCAACACCUUUAUAUCCUUUCUUUUAAUUUUGGGUUUUACUUUUCUUCAAUUUAAUUCCUAAUUUUACAGAAAGAAAACAUCGAAGAACCCUAACUUCUCCCUGACUUUCUCUCCCCUCACUCUCAUUCAAGGACCGGCGCCGCUUUCAGAUCGACGUUGGCCGCACUCCGCCGACGGAUGACCGGCGUUCGCCUGCUUUCCUUCAGCCUUCUCUGAGUUCUUUCUCUUCGACAAAUCAAAACUUCAGUCUUCAGUUUCUCUUGAUAAAUCCUGCAUCAAAUUCGAGCUAAUCACGCUCAACAAAAUCAAGCAUAUUAGUUUCUUUUAUCCAUUCAUCAGAUCAUGAGUACAAAGGAGAAGCCACCAGCAUCAUUGCCCAAACUUAUGACACUUAACAGGGGGUUUAAAUUGGCUGAGCAGUGGGUUAAAAAUAUGCCUGGAGAUGAGGAGGAGGCAGAGGAGAUAGAAGUGGAAGCUAGACCUGUUAGGCUUGGUCUUGGGGCAAAAGUUCCUCGUAAAUCAAAAGUUGGACCUAUAUAUGACCCUGUUGAGAGGAGAUUACAUAAGAAGUUUGGUGCAGGGAGAAAGAAACCUGCUGGUGAUGAGGAUUCCAUUCCACCUCCAAAGAAUGAAAUAGAUAAUGGCGAUGAGGAUGAUGACGAAAAUUUAGACAGUAGAACUUAUUCUUUUGCCAAAAAGAGACCUGCUCUUCCUCCCACGACACCACAGUCAAAGAAGAAACAUAAGUAACAAGUGAUAAAAGGUGUAUCCUUAUUAUUUGCCCUGUAGUCUGCCUGAUGUAUUCUUCUAAUGAUAUAUGAUAACCCUUGCUUUAAUGCUAAUUCUUUCGACAA